ACUCUGCUACUAACAUCUACAUGCAGGUCUUUCUAAACACUCAUACAGUGUAGGCCUACAUUUUCCAGGAAAAUGAAUAAUAUAAAGUAUUCCAAUAGGCUCAUUAUAUUUCUCUGCAAUAGAUUGUGUAGGAAGACCGCUUAUCCUUUUCGUGAAGAACACGUAGAUCUAUAUUGGCGAAAAGCGUCAUUUUCCUUCAGGCACUUCCAUACAACAAGUCAAACUCAAAGGUUGGAUUUAGAUGACAAACCAAAAGUGAAAAGACCAAGAGCACAAACAACAAUAGAUGAAGAAGAAAUUAAAAGGUUUUCAGCAUUAGCUCAACUCUGGUGGGAUGAAGAAGGUGAAUUCAAUGCAUUGCAUACCAUGAAUGAAUUACGUGUUCCAUUAAUUGUAAAUGCUUUAAUUGAACAAAAACAAAAAACUGGUGCUGAAUCUCAUCGGUUUAAAGCUCAUAGUCAACUAGAAGGUUUUAAGAUAUUAGAUGUUGGCAGUGGUGGAGGUAUAUUAUCAGAGCCUUUAGCAAGAUUAGGAGCUUUUGUUAUAGGUGUUGAUGCUUCAGAAGAAAAUAUUAAAAUAGCCCAAGCUCAUGUCAUUCGAAAUGAAGAAUUGGCUUGUAAUAUUAAAUAUAUCUGUGCUACUGUGGAAGAUUUAAUUGAGUCAGAAGAAAGGUCAUUUGACUGUGUGAUUGCAUCAGAAGUAGUUGAACAUGUACUGGAUACAUCAAUGUUUAUAAAAGCAUGUUGUAAACUUGUCAAGCCUGGUGGAUCAAUGUUCCUGACUACAUUAAAUCGAACCAACCUAUCCUAUCUAUUAGGUGUUGUAGCAGCUGAACGAUUAUUACGGAUAGUAGAACCUGGUACACAUGACUGGAAUAAAUUUAUAUCACCUCAAGAUUUACAAUAUCUUCUAGAUCAGAAUGGUUUUUCCACAAGAUUGGUGCAUGGUAUGAUGUUUAAUCCUAUAACUAAAAGAUGGAGCUGGACAGAGAAUACUAGUAUUAACUAUGCAAUGCAUGCUGUAUGUACAGAUAAAGCUCUACAGGAAGAUGGACAAACAUGAUAAAUAGUUUUAACUAUGCACCAUCACCUGAAAACAGAACUUGACAUUAAAACUGCUACAUUAAAAACAGAAAAAAAGGUACACAACACGUUGUACGUGAUGGUUAGUCUACCUCUACAACAGAAAGCAGACUUGCACACACUGGAGAUGCCUCAUCACUGCAUGCUCUGGCAAGUCCAUUACUGUUGGUGACUUGUCACAAUAUCAGCGGACAUGUCUUUCCCCAAGAAGAUGCCAAAGUCGAGUUUCUCAGAGUACACUAUGUAAGAGAGCAAAAGAGGAAACUACCCAGAUGCACACACUCAAUGCUAUAAUAUUAUAUGUGAUUGUGUCAUAUGUGACUGUGUCAUAAAAAAUACAAAUUAAUUAUAUAUCAAUAAUAUCAGUAAAAAAUUUAUCUUGUC